CUCUUUGACGGAUCUGUCAAUCCGAAAUCAUGGCUCCCCGGUUUGAGAUCGCAGUCGGUCUACGAAAAGGCCACAAAACUACAAAAAUAUCAGCCGGCAGAAAAGGCAUCACUGACAAAACCAUUAGAAUUAGACCUGCUAGAUUGAAGGGUCUACAAACAAAACAUUCAAAGUUUGUUCGUGAUUUAGUCCGUGAGGUUGUUGGUCAUGCUCAAUAUGAGAAGAGAGCUAUGGAAUUGCUUAAGGUGUCAAAGGACAAACGCGCACUGAAAUUCUUAAAGCGUCGCUUGGGCACACACAUUCGCGCCAAGAGGAAGCGAGAAGAACUGAGCAACGUACUCGCUCAGAUGAGGAAGGCUGCUGCACAGGCACACCACGCCACCACCCACACUAAGUAAACAAUAAACUAGUG